UUUCUACGGUGGCCGCGAAGAAGAAGCACGUUCUUCAUUCGAAAUACUUGAAUUCAAGGGUAGGGGAGAGAGGACCACUUGUGUCGUGGGACAAUGGAGCAACCAGCAGAAUCUGUCCUCCACAGCGGGUACUUCCACCCCACGCUCAGAUACUGGCAGACCUGUGCCUCAAACCUGAGACCUGAUAACCUCAUCUAUCCCAUCUUUGUCACUGACAGUCCUGAUGCAGUAGAGCCCAUCGGCAGUCUACCUGGUCUGGCCAGAUAUGGCGUGAACAAACUAGAAGGAAUGCUGCGCCCCCUUGUGGAGAAAGGGUUGAAGUGUGUGCUUAUUUUUGGUGUCCCUGCAAAAGUGGCCAAGGAUGAACAGGGUUCAGGAGCAGAUACUGAUGACACCCCAGCAGUUCUAGCUGUGAAAAAUCUGAGGGCCAACUUCCCAGACCUGGUGUUAGCCUGUGAUGUUUGCCUCUGCCCUUACACCUCACACGGCCACUGUGGAAUACUGCGUGAAGAUGGCACUUUAGACAACGCAGCCAGCUGCAAUCGCUUGGCUGAGGUGGCACUGGCCUAUGCCAGGGCUGGGUGCCAUAUAAUUGCCCCCUCUGACAUGAUGGACGGGCGAAUUGCUGCCAUCAAGCAAGCUCUUAUAUCCAACGACCUCGGCAAUAAGGUGUCAGUGAUGAGCUACAGUGCCAAGUUUGCCUCCUGUUACUAUGGCCCCUUCAGAGAUGCAGCCCAGUCUAAGCCAGCUUUUGGAGAUCGGCGGUGCUAUCAGCUGCCCCCUGGUGCUCGAGGACUGGCACUGCGAGCAUGUGAUCGUGACGUGAAGGAGGGCGCGGACAUGCUGAUGGUGAAGCCUGGCAUGCCUUACCUCGACAUGGUAAGGGAGGUGAAGAACAAGCAUCCGACUCAUCCACUGGCGGUGUAUAAUGUGUCUGGGGAGUUCGCCAUGCUGUGGCACGGAGCUCAGGCUGGGGCCUUUGACCUAAAAGCUGCAGUGAUGGAGGCCAUGACUGCCUUCCGACGUGCUGGUGCUGACAUCAUCAUUACCUACUACACACCUCAGCUCCUCACCUGGUUGACAGAAUAGAAACAGUGGACCAAAGCUUGCAUACAUCAGUCAUUACAUGCUAAACAGAACUGACAAAAGGGGUUACAAAUUAAACUGACAGUUUUUAGCGCACCAUCUUCCCUCAGAGGUUAUUCUGCUGUGUUCAGUGUCAUACUUUCAGCCUAUAUUGUUUUGCUUUGUUAGUUUUUUUCCUUUUGUCAUAGAAUGCUGUUGUACAGUAGAGGUAGUUCUCAAAGAGCCAAGAAGAGACUGUGUAAGACUCACAGGGAAUGUAUUACUUGUGAAGCCUUGGAAUACUUCAAUGUUCAAUUCAUUUGAACAUUGGGGUAGCUUGAUAAGUCAGAUAUUAUAGGCGUUUUGGGAUCUGUGAUUUGUAUAAUUCUUUUAAAGCCCUUUAAGAUGCUUAUUGCGCUACCUUUGUAAACUACAUGGAAUACAUGAGCUUGACACCUACAGUGUUGUAAAUCAUUUCCAAGAGCACUUGUAUGUAGAAUAUACAGUAUAUGUCAUUUCCUUUCCUUCUUGCCUUCUUUAGACAUGACAGGGUUUCCAGGAUAACAUAUAGCAUAACCUAACCACUAUAUUUGCUAUACUCAUUUCUAGCACUACACCAAUUAGAAACAUUUUAUAUUGAAUGAGACAGGGAUAUACCUAAUCAUAUACAAAUAAAACUGCUGCAGCAA